AUGGCCGAAAUGGGCGCCGACGCAAUGCACCGGCAAGACGAGGGCGUGUAUGUGCAACUCACCGAGGACCACCUGGAUGUCUCGUCCGUCAUGGCUCGCGUCAAGAGCCCCGACGCCGGCGCCGUCGUCCUGUUUGCCGGCACGACCCGCUCAACCUUCGACUCCAAACCCGUCGCCCGCCUCUCCUACCAGUCCUACGCACCCCUCGCCCUCUCCACGCUCCUCGCGCUCGCCCGCGACGUCCGCCAGAAGCACGCCCUCACGGCCAUCGCCAUCGUGCACCGACUAGGGCCCGUGCCCGUCGGCGAGGAGAGCGUGCUGAUCGCCGUGUCGAGCCCGCACCGGCAGGCCGCCUGGCGCGGCGGCGAGGAGGCGCUCGAGCUGACCAAGGAGCGCGCCGAGAUCUGGAAGCUCGAGGAGUUCGUGGGCGAUGAAGGCGCCGUCUGGAGGGCCAACAGGGAUGGUCAGAGUGGGGUGAGGGUUGAGGCCGGUGGCCGGGGUGAAGGAUCUGGAGAUGGGGACGGCAAGGUCGGUCUUGGCCAGGGAUCAUCGAAGUUGAAGAAGGAGCCGUACAUUAGUUAG